AUGUGCCGCGUCGUACUGCUCAACCAGACACAGUACGUCAACCAUCAGUUGGGAGCGGGGCUCCCAGGUAUCCCAGGACGCGCGGCUAUCCCCCGCGCCACCGGACGAGAUAACUCGUCCGACGUCCGUUCACGUCGCGGUGGUUCAACAGCUGCUCAACUAGAUAGCGCUGGCCACCGCGAGAGUCCUCUAAUGGAGGUGGAGGAGGAGGAAAGACGCUCUCCACACGAUCAUGUGGAUCGGUGUGUUCCCGAGAGCUUCUUUGAUCGCGUAACGCAAGGGUUACGCGGUGAUCUCGAACAUGAGCGGGACAGGCGUCUCCAAAUGGCGGAAACUGUCUUGAAGCAUCGAGCUGAGUUUGCCUUUGCUCAGCUUGAGAACGAGAGAGCUCUGACGUCUCUGCGUGACGAGCUAAGGGUAGCUCGUGGGGAUGUUGAGCGGUCUCAAGCUGAGACAACUGCUUUUCAGAUCCUUGUCGAUGCCCACCAUCGGGAGCACAAGGCUCUCUGCGAGAUGCUUGAGCGCAAGGGCGUUCUUCAUCGGAAGAAGCAGCGUACUGAUGGUACGGCUUAA